CACAGGACACAGGUGGAAGGGAGGUAACCUAGGACGCACCAGAGAAUGGACGCUGGCAUGGACCUGCUCCACAGCUCUGGGGUGGAACUGGUGCAGUAUCUACAGCUGAACUACAGGGACUCCCAGAGCUGGUUCACCUUUAUCUCCAUCGCCGCUGACCUGAGAAACACUUUCUUUGUUUUCUUCCCCAUCUGGUUCCACCUGUGUGAGGCGGUGGGGGUCAAACUCAUCUGGGUGGCUGUCAUCGGGGACUGGCUCAACCUCAUCUUUAAAUGGAUAUUAUUUGGCGAGAGACCUUACUGGUGGGUUCAUGAAACAUCCUACUACGGCAAUGUAUCGGUUCCAGUGUUGGAGCAGUAUUCCAUCACCUGUGAAACUGGGCCAGGAAGUCCCUCCGGCCACACCAUGGGCUCAGCGGGGGUUUGCUAUGUGAUGGUGACUGCAAUAGUGACCAGCACCUUUCAGAAGAAGCAACACUGCAAACAAAGCUGGUGUCUCCGUGCUUUUCUGUGGGGAGCCUUCUGGGUGGUCCAGGUGUGUGUUUGUGCAUCCAGGGUCUUUGUAGCUGCACAUUUCCCUCAUCAGGUCUUCAUGGGAGUCAUCUCAGGGAUGGUUGUGGCGGAGGUGUUUGGCCGGAUUAAUGCGAUCUACAACGCAAGCUUCAAGAGGUAUCUGCAGAUCACCCUCUUCCUCUUCUCCUUCGCUCUGGGCUUCUACCUGCUGUUGAAAGCUCUGGGCAUCGACCUGAUGUGGUCGCUGGAGAAAGCCCAGAGAUGGUGCGCCCGGGCUGAUUGGGUCCACAUUGACUCCACCCCCUUCGCCGGGCUGGUGAGGAACAUGGGAGCCUUGUUCGGACUGGGAUUAGCUCUGAACUCACCCAUUUAUGUGGAGAGCUGCAAAGGAAAGAGAGGCCAGCAGCUCAGCUUCAGAAUAAGUUGCAUUGUGGCCUCCUUGAUCGUCCUGCACCUGUUCGACUCGGUGAAGCCCCCAGCACAGCGGGAACUCCUGUUUUAUUUCCUCUCCUUCUGCAAAAGUGCCGCCGUGCCUCUGGCAGCGGUGGCGAUCAUUCCGUUCUCUGUGUCGCAGGUUAUGAACAAACAGGAGAAAAAAGUGCUCUGAGCAUCAGCAUCUUAAAUAUUUGCCCAUUAAUACAGAAACCACAAGCCAAAUCAAAUCAGCAUGACUUUGGCUAGUUGCACUUUGAGACAGAAUUUAAACUCAACUUGCCGUGGCACAAGGGCAGCAGGGUUGCACUGAACAGAAUAAACGUGAAAUUUAACUAGAAGAUCUGAAAAAAAAAACCCCAUGCACUGGAGGAGUGCUGAGAAUGUAUUUACAACAUUAGAAUUUACAGCAUUUCUAAUUGUAAACUGUUUUAGUAAUCUGGCCCUUGUGUUGAUUUACAUAUUGUCCAAAUCAUAUUGACACCCUGCACAUCACUGAGUGGUGGGAGUGAGAGAGUGAAUGAUUAUGUUUUGUACACUCGUGUUUGCAUUUCCUGGGCCCUCGGUCAAUUAGCCUAUUUGUUUAAAGGGAAUGUUGAACCUCUCAGGAUAACCCAGUGGGAAUCUGCGGGCAUAGUGCGUUGCAGACAGUCCGUCACUCUCUGGACUCUCUGUUAUGAAGCUUUGGUCUGAGUUACCUGGGUCAGGCCUCUAGCUUCUCACUGAUGGUCUCUGAGGCAAGAACGACAGUCAGUGAUGGAACAUGCGGCCCAUACCUGCACAUCGAUCAACGGGCUAUCACAUAACAGAAGACCAGUCAGAGGCUCAUUGUUCUCUGUAGAUGGACAAAAAGAUGCUGGAGUAGCUCAGCGGGUUGGGCAGCAUCUCUGGAGAAAAAGUAUGGGUGACGUUUUCGGGUCAGAACCCCCUUCUGAAAGUAGGGGGGGGGGGGGGGGGGAAGAACUAGGGGACAAGGCCAGAACAAAUCAGGGCCAGCAACAGAUGACCAAGGAAGGGUGUAGCCCAUAAUGGCCUAUUGUUGGCUGGGGAAGAGGUGAUAAUGAAAGAAUACAGGCAUGUGGACAGUGGAACUAGUAGGAUGAUGAGGGUAGGAGAGGGUGGGGAGUGGCAAUGCAAGGGUUAAUUGAAAUUUGAGAAAUCAAUGUUCAUACUACUGCUCAAGUGAAAUAUGAGGUGCUUUUCCUCCAAUUUGUGUGUGGCCUCACUCUGACAGUGGAGGAGGCCCAGGACAGAAAGGUCGGUAUGGGAAUGGGAAUGGGAAGGGGUGUUAAAAUGUUUGGCAAUUGGGAGAUGGCGUUGGCCAAGGUGGACUGAGUGUAAGUGUUCAGCAAAACGAUCGCCCAGUCUGCGCUUGUUCUCGCCAAAAUAUUGGAGCCCACACUGAGAGCAGUGGAUACAGUAGAUGAGGUUGGAGGAGGUGCAAGUGAGCCUCUGCUUCUCCCGAAAGGACUGUCGAGGUCCCUGGAUGGAGUUGAGGGAGGAGGUAUUGCAUCUCCUAAUUGGAGUGAAAAACAGUGUUGCUUUUUUAACAUGUACAUUUGUGCUUAGAUAAAAAGAUUGCUCAUCACUGAAUAUUGCUGGUAUUCCAUCUGGAAAUGUUGUGCCUUCCACCACAGUGAUGUAUGCUGUGGUGGAUGUUUGUGUUAAAAUGUUAGUGUGUUUUUGUGUGUUCUUUCACAUUGUACCGCUGCUGGCAAAUUCAUUUCACUUGCACUUUAUGUGCAAGUGACGAGUAAUACUGAAUGAUUGAAUAAUUGGAACCCACCUCUUCCAAACUAGUUCUGUAAACAAGGACUUGAAAAAGUACUUACCUCUAAUGCACUGUGAAUGCAAUGGGAUAAAGCAAUGAUUUUUCAGACUGGAUGGGUGGUUAUUUAUUGUACCUGGGUGUUUUUUUAUCAGAGAGGUCGAUUGAGAAAUCUGUUUGGUGCUUCAGCAGAACUAUUAGCAAAAUACUGCAGUUGCUGGAAAUCUGAAAUGAAAAUUGGAAAUGAUGGCAACACUCCGUUACUCGGGAAAUAUCUGUGGAGACGGCAACAGAAUCAUUGCCUCAGGGUGAUGAUGGAUCUCUCCUUCUUGUUGGAUUAAAAAUCUGUCACCAAUUUGUUCUUUGAAUAAUUAGUUUGUAAGAUUUCAUUGUAAUAAACAUGUUGAAAGGAAUGAUGCUGAUUUUGUUUGUAUAUAUCUUUAUUUUGUGAUUAAAUUGUUUCUUCUGAAAAA